AGCUGAAAGGUACAGCAACAAGUUUAUUAUUUCGUUAUUACUAUUGUGGUUAUUGUUGGUGUUUAGUAAAUUGGAUAGUUUGAUUUGUGCGUUUAUAGUUUUGUGUUAUUCUCUCAUUAUUCGGAUUCCGCCAUUUUUUUGUGAUUUUAAGCUUAUUGAUUAAGAACUUUUUCAACAUGGUUUUUAACUGUUGCGUUAAUGGCUGUAACAAUUAUAACAAGGAUGCCCAAAUGCAUAUUUUUCCAAAAUAUCAAAUAGUAUAUAAAGAGUCCGAAAGUCGUACCGUAUUUGUACUAUUCACUUUAGUGCAGAAGCCCGCUAUGUUGGAAUCAGAAAUAAAUCGACCUUAAAACAGGAUGCAAUUCCUUCUCUAUUUCUUAACGCUUCUAACAGGAAAGAAGUUUCUUCUGCCAAAAUGGUUAAACUACGCUCAAAGCAUAGUUUAUCAGAGCAAAUAGGUUCACCUGAAGUAGAAACAGUUAACAUCUCCAUACCAUCAACUUCAAAAUUGAUUUGUGAAGAAAUUUUACCAGUUUCUUCAUCUAAACUUAUUAUACCAGAACAAAAUAUGCAAUCCCAGGUCAUGAUGUGUACUCCAACAAAAAUUUCAAGUUUAAACAAAGCCACAAGAUUGCUUUCUAGCAUCGGUGUAAGAAAAGCUUCGGAACUAACACCAAAAGCAAAAAAGCUCUAUAGGGUAGCUUCCAGUCUUCGAAAAAUUUCAAAGAAAUUAAACUUUGGUCAUACAUCCCUUAAAAAAAGGAUAAGGGUACUGGAAAAAGUGUCUUAUACUGCUGAAGUUUUAAAAACCAAAGUAAAUAAAACUACUUAUGAUUUUAUUAUGUCCCAAGUGAGGUGCCAAGGAGUAAAACCUAAGGGAAGGAGGUAUUCCCUUGAUGAAAAAAUAUUUUUUUUGUCACUUCUUAAGCAAAGUCCUAAGGGGUACAAACUAAUAAGAAAAAUAUUUGCUGCACCAUCAAGAAAAACACUCACAAACCUGCUGGGAAAAAUUCCUUUUAACAUGGGAAUAAAUCCAGCUAUCAUGGACUCACUCGCAGUUCAGAAAAAAACAUGUCAGAAAUGGAUAAAUAUUGCAGCGUUAUGUUUGAUGAAAUGGCCCUAGAUCCUACUCUCCAAUAUAACAAAAAAAAAGAUAUUGAUGGCUUUCAAGACAAUGGUGGUGAAGAAGGAAGAAAACCAGUUAUAGCUGACAAAGUCAUGGUUUUUAUGGCACGGGGAGUAUGCAAGAAGUGGAAACAACCAUUAGCAUAUUUUUUCAAUGAAGCUGGAAUGAAAACGGACAUGCUUGUAAAAACAAUAAAAGAGGUGGUCCAAUCAUGUCAAGAUGCUGGUUUACAUGUGAAAUCAAUUAUUUGUAUCAGGGAACUGCUAAUGCUGCAGCCAUAAACAAGUUGUAUGACCAGACAAAAGAGUAUUUUCUACGAAAAGGGGAUGAUAACAGGUUGUUUGGUGUCCUCAUUGGAGGUAAAGAGGUCGUCCCUCUCUAUGAUCCUCCACACCUACUUAAAGGUAUAAGAAAUAAUUUAUUUAAGUAUUCUCUUCGUUUCAAGUGGAGAAAAAAUUCUAAUGAAACUGCAAAAUGGGAACACCUCAACAAAUUAUUUGAAAUUGAGAACUCUGAGGAUGAUGACUAUAAGCUCUGCAAAAAAAUAACAGCGCAUCACAUAGAAAAUACCAAAAAAAUGAAAGUGUCUGUUGGCAGCACAAGUUUUCAGCAACAAUGUGGCAGCUGUAAUGAAGAGAAUGGCUAUGGGCAAUACUACAAAUAAUUCAGAGGGAAUGCCAAGAGAGGCAGAAGAAACUGCCGAAUUUUUACUCUUCAUGAAUAAGGUGUUUGAUAGUGUCAAUGGGACGUGCAUUAAAAUGAAACACCCACGAGAUUUAAAAUGUGCUGUUUCAUCAAAAUCAGUACAUAAAAAGUUUUGGAUGGAAGCUAUUAAAGUUUUCCAAACAGUGGAGUUCUUUUAUACGAAGAGAGCCAGAAUUGUUCCUCCUUCUAUAAAAAAUUGGAUCCAAAAUUCCAAAAAGAUGGUGUCGCCUUUUUAUGUACAAAACACAUGAAUCAGGAUCCUUUAGAAAAUUUUUUUGGCUCCAUUAGAAGUCAUGGUGUUAGGAAUAUAAAUCCCAACGCUGCUUCCUUUGUAAAUUCAUUUAAAUCUGUAAUUGUGAAUAAUUUUUUAUCGAAUCAUUCUUAUUCGUCCAAUUGUGAAAAUGAUAAUUUGGAAGGCUUGGAUAACCUAAAACAUAUGUUAACUUCCUCAGUUUCAAUGCCAAUACCUUUUUUCAGCCUUCCAAAUAUUGAAUUCCCCGAAUAUAAAUCAGACUCAAGUAGUCUUUUAAAAAAAGGGAAGCUGACAUAUGUUGCAGGAUUUGUGGCAAAAAAGCUCUUAAAAUCGAUAAAAAUGUGCCCGCGGUGCCGACAGGAUUUGGUAGGAGGUGACGGAAAAGAACCAGAUAAUUUUGUUAUAGAUGCUAGAGCAUAUUCUGCAAAUGCUUUGCUGGCACCUUCUACCAAUUUCAAUAAAAUUUUCAAUAAAUGUAUAUUUUUAUUAAGUAAUAUUUUGCCUCAAUUAUGUCACUUGGCAAACAUUACCUCAGUGUUGAGAUCAUUAUUGAAAAAUGAAUUUACAGAGGAUGUUUUUCGUUGUGAAGAUCAUGAUACGUUCAAAUCGUUUCUUUAUUAUGUUUCCAAAUUUCAUUUAUUUGUAUGGUUGAAAAACAUUAAUAAGAUUGUGAAAGGGAAACAAAAAGUUGAAAAAUCAUCAGAUAAGAUGAAAAUAUAUGCUGCACAAAAAUUUGAAAAGCAAUUGAAAUAUUCAAAAAAAAUGAAAAAUUUCAAAUGUUUGAAUAUAAUUUAAGUACCUAUCUAGUUAUAUACUUAGUGUUAAUAAAAAUAUAUUGUAGGGAAA